UGUCAACAUCUGUUUAUUUCCAAUUCCCGCGCGCGCCUUUUAUGUUAUUAUUUUUUAUUAUCUUUUUAAAUCAAUGUAAAGGAGUUUUAGAAUCGUUUUCGCAUUGUUUCGCACUGGCGUCGAAAGUGAGAAUUAAUCGAUAUUAUUUGACCUUAACAUUUGGAAUGGUGCAAUAAGUACGUAUUGAUUAUCGCUGGAACUUAGCAGAGCCCUAUAAACCAUGGACGACCGCACGGUAGACCUGAUCUUCGCAGGCUCGCUGAAGUCGCUCCCACCGGUCAGCUCCAAGAUCGUCAGGAUAUUUACCAGCUCCACAUUUACUGACACAACUAUGGAACGCAACACGUUAAUGGCGAAAUGUUAUCCGCGAAUUAAAGAUUACUGCAGAGAGAAGCAUGGGUUAGAGUUUCAGGUGGUAGACAUGAGAUGGGGUGUGAGGGAUGAGGCAACAGACGACCACAUGACCACGGAGCUCUGCAUGCGAGAGAUCAAGAACUGUCAGCGACUGUCCAUGGGGCCCAACUUCGUCGUAUUCUUGGGGCAGAAGUAUGGCUACAGACCAAUUCCCACCUACGUGCUCUCAUCGGAGCUGCAAAUGCUGCGAGAUGAACUAGCAGCUGGUGGAGUGGACGUCAUCCUGCUGGACACCUGGUACAAGAAGGAUGCCAACGCCGUGCCACCGGUGUCUGUGCUGCAACCCAUAUCGUCCAUCCUCAUCAAUUUCAAUAACAAGAGGGUCCCGAAACUCCAAGCGGAGGACCAGGCGGUCUGGUGGGACACCCUUGGCAAGAUGCAGAAGCUGUUCCGCAAGGCAUCACUGCAACUUUACAAUACUGGCAAGAUUGACAAAGAAACUAUGCACAACUACUUUAUGUCUGUAACCGAACGGGAAGUUAUCAACGGAGUUCUCAACGUUAAGAACACGAAGAACCACUGCCUCGCCUAUGUCCGUUACAUCAACAACAUCAACCUGCAGAACCUGAAGAAGGCCAGCAACUUCGUGGACAUACUGAACAGGAGUCUAGACACUGAAGCCUCCAAAUUGUUGGCUGAUCUCAGAGACGUGCGCCUACCCAACAAGAUUGAGACUACUAAUAUACAGAAGUAUACCGUCGAAUGGAUCGGUCGCGAGGGUUUGGAUAACGAAACUCACGGCGAAUACCUCAACCAUUUCAUAUCUCACUUCUACAAGAACAUCAUCAAACUUGUUGAUAGAGCAAUGCGUAAAGAAGACAGCAGUGCUCAAGGGGUCAUCGUCACAGAAAUACUCCAACAUUUACACGCUUGCAACAACAGCGUGAAGGUCUUCCACGGGAGAGCGAACGAUCUGAAGUUCAUUGAGAAUUAUAUGAAGAACAAUUCUGAUAAACCCUUAGUGCUAUAUGGAGAAGGUGGUUGCGGAAAGACGAGUCUACUAGCAAAUAGCGCAGCCAUGUGUCUGAAGACCUGGUUCGCUGAUGUUCGUCCGACCAACAUCAUCAGAUUCCUGGGAACCACCCCUGACUCCAGCGCCUUGACACCCACACUCAUAUCUAUUUGCCAGCAGAUCUCCUACAACCUAGCUCUACCAUUCGAGAGCAUCCCAGACGACCUGGUGCCUCUAACGGCACACUUCAAGCAGCUGCUGACGUUGGCCACGCAACAGCAACCCUUGUUGCUGUUUCUGGACUCCGUUGAUCAGCUGACCGGGAUUGGUACGGAGAAUAAUAAGGUGUCAUGGCUGCCGACCCGGUUGCCGCCACAUUGUAAGAUAAUAGUAACAUGCGCAAGAGAAGAAGAGAACCCCGAAGUGUCAAAGGAGUAUGACGUGUUGCGGCGCAUGAUUGACUCUGAAGAGAAUUUCUUAGAGGUGACUGCACUUGGGGAGGAUUUGGCUAUGGAGGUAUUGAAGCUUUGGAUGGCCUCAGCAGCUCGGGACCUAAGCAACUACCAGUGGCGUCUGGUCUCCAACGCUAUCGGAGCGUGCUCGCUGCCCAUCUUCGUGAAGUUGGUCUUUGCUGAAGUCUGUCGCUGGAGGAGCUACACCAAGCCCUCUGAUACCCACCUCGCUUCCACCGUCAUGGAUUCCAUCAUGAUGCUGUUUGAGAGGAUUGAGAAGCAGCAUGGCCGCCUGCUGGUCUUCCACGCUCUCGCGUACAUCACAGCAGCCCGCAGCGGUCUCUCGGAGACAGAACUUGAAGACCUGAUCUCCUUGGAUGAUAAGGUCCUGGAUGAUGUGUACCAGUACCAUCUGCCGCCCGUCAGGAGGAUACCGCCUCUCUUGUGGACUAGGAUCCGAAACGAUCUCCCGAACUACCUGUCAGAGAGAGAAGCAGACGGUGUCUCCGUCAUGAACUGGUACCACAGACAGUUCCGGGACACGGCGCGGGAGAGAUACUUCAAGAACAUGAACAUGGCAAUGUACUUCCAUUCCAUGAUCGCUGAUUACUACCUUGGCAUCUGGGGCGGUGGAAUCCCGAAACCUUUCAAAUAUACGGAGAUUCAGAGACACAGGUUCAACUUGGCCGACAGAGAGGGUGUUGCUGACAGGAAGGUGCCAAUCCAACCCCUCGUCUUCACAUCAGCUGAUGGCCAGAACAAGAGGUACAAUUUGAGGAAGUUCGGGGAGCUCCCCUUCCACCUGGUGCGCUCGAAGCGCUUCGCGGAUCUUUACGCUGAGGUACUCUUCAACUAUGAGUGGCUCCACGCUAAGCUCAACUGUUGCCCGCUACAGGCUGUGCUGGCAGACUUUGAGGAUGCCAAGCAGUAUGUUAGCAAGGAUGCUGUCAGAGAACUGAUGCUAGUGGCCGACGCCCUCCGCCUGGGUGGAGCCAUCCUGGGCCAAUACCCGGACAUGUUGGCUCCCCAGCUGGUCGGUCGUCUACUGCCCGAAGCUCCUCACAACCCAGCCGUGUCAUCAUUGCUGAAGCAGUGUCAUGAUAAGGGCAAGAACCACUGCGCGCUGCUGCCAAGCCAUCAUUGCUUGCAUACUCCUGGAGGACCGCUGAAGUACUCCCUCGAAGGCCACCAAUUCGCCGUCUUCGCGUUCCGUAUGUCUUCAGACAAGCGCUUCGUGGUCUCGAUAUCCAGCCGGGUCAUAUCCUGGGACCUUUCCACAUCAGACCUGGCCAGAGACCUCUGUCCACAACUGGAAGGGAUCAUGCAGAAUUUGGAACUGUCCCCGGAUAAUAAGUGGGCCGCUGCUAGUACUAAUAACUCUGUGUCGAUGCUUCUCAAUAUGCUAACGAGUGAAUACAUCACCAUUGAUAAUCCACUUGACGAAGGCGAGACAGUGCGAGGCGUGUACGUGCUCAACCACAACAUGAUAAUCUACGGGCCUCGCUCCUGGGUCCAGUACAGCAUGAGAGGUGAACACCAGGCCACGCACCCAGCCGCCGACACAGCGCCGUACGACGACGUCAAUUGGGAGAUACUUUCAAUUGAAUUCCGAGACCUGGAAACCUUCAUCAUGUCGAUGUGGAGUGGGGACUUGGACGAUGAUCGUCUGUUGGUCCACUUCUGCAAGGAGGGGUCGUGGGUGAAGCCGCUGCGGUGCCGGGGGGCUUUUGCCAUGAACAAGCAUUGGACGAAGGUUUAUACCAGCGAUCCUGAGAGGGGGUAUCAGGUGUCAAUCUAUGAACUGAAUGAAGACACUCUCAGCUGGGACAAAGCGGUGGAACUCCACCAUAAGGAAACUGACACAGCUGAAGCGAUGCUGCAGCUGAAGCGAGGACGGAAGGAUCGCAUGUUACUUGCAACAACGACCUACAGUUUCGUAGUGUGGGACUUCGAAUGCAUGAUACCGAGAGACAAACACGUGGAAGAAAGGAAGAAGAAGAAGAAGGGUGAAGAAGAAGAGAAGAAAGACGAAGAAGAAGAAGAGGAGAAAGAAGAAGAGCCAGAAAAGGACUGGAGCCUCGAGGGUAUAGUGCUGAAGCUGCCUCAUACAAUCCGCAACAUCUCCACCAAAAUGACUCAGUCCAACUCAUUCAUGAUCAGCAAUAAUAACACAUAUGCCGUUGCUGGUGUCAGAAAGAAUCUCUACGUCUGGAGUCUGGAGACUACGAAGCUGAUCAAAAUUCUGGACGCCCAUUUCGGAAGGAUUGUCCAGUUGGAGCCUUUAACCGUUGGAGCAUGGAACAACGUUAUAACCUCAUCCAUCGACAGGACUGUCAAGAUCUGGAACAUUGACAAUAUAUUUGAGCAGGUGCAUAAGAUUGACAGGCAGGAAUUGCCCAUUGAUGCUAUUAGUCUUGCCCGUGACAAGCAGUUAGCAGUGACAGUUACCCGUAGCUGUUGGGGCCUAUGGGACACAAGCACUGGUCGACUGCAAGCACAACUGGCUGAUGCUCCACUUGGGGCUAUAGUCACCCAUGCCAUCAUCACACCUAAUGGGGAGAAUGUACUCACAGCUGAGUCUGGAAACGUCGUCAUUUGGGAUGUUGCUGAAAAACAGGUGAUAUUCAAAGAAGAACAGAAGGGAGUGAAGCAGAUACUCCUUCUAGAAGAUGGCACGAAGUUCAUAACCAUUUCUAUGCGCGCGGCUUCUGAGAACGUGGACAAUGUUGGUGUUGCCAGUAUUGUAGCUAGAACUAUACCUGAUGGCGAGAAGAUCUUCACAGCAGAGUAUGAAGUGCGCGGGACUCUGUACAGAUCAGCAGUGGUGUCAGCUGAUGAGCAUCACAUCGUGGCUCCGGGCGUCGACAAGUCUUCCAAGGACUGUCUUCAUGUCUUCCACGCGAAGACCGGCGCUCGGCUUCACAGGAUACCAAUAAAGAACAGCGGCAUCAAGGAUAUGCAGUCUAUAGUGGCGCUGCCCCACAAGCCGCUGUGGGUCGCUGUGGUGGGGAACGACAAGUCUGGCAUCCUGGACAUCAAGUCUAAGAGGCAUAUCCGAAUCGUUCCUCGUUGGAACGGUGCUUGCACUCGCGACGGGAAGACGGGCCUCUGCGCGCCCACCAGAGGAGGCCUGGAACUGAUCGAGCUGAAGCGAGGCACCACGGUUCAGCAGCUCAUCUACCGUGCGGCUGAAGGAGUAUUCUCCAUAAUUACGAUGUUCAGCUCCAAUGACAACUAUGUCUUCUACUACCAUAGUGGCAGGAAGACUGUAAGAGUCUUCAGAACAAUAGACGGGAAGGCAGUAGCAGAGUAUCGUGCGCCAGCGGAAGUGACGGGUUUAGCCAGCGCGCAUGGCGGGAACGCUGUGGCCAUAGUCUCGCAAGAUGGCUGCCUCACUGUUCUUAACAUUGUAGAUCCACACGAGUAGAAUCAAAUAGAUCACUAGUAGUACCUACAUACAGGGUGUUAGUGACAUCGUAACGAAUACUGAGGGGAUGAUUCAGACCAUUCUGAGUUAAU